AUGGGAGAUUUGUUGGCACAUUCGCUUUCUCAGCAAGCAGCAGGAUCGACUUCAGGAUCAAAAUUAAAAGUUCCUGUGCUGAGUGUGAAUGGCAGACAACACAUUGUUCAAGCAGGCCAGCCUUUAAAUCUCACAUGCAGGGGGGAAAUGCUUCAUUCAUGGUCUUUGCCUGAAACUCUAAGUAAGGACAGCAAAAGGCUGAAUGUAACUAAGUAUGCCUGUGGAAGGAAUGGGACACAGUCCUGCAGCACUCUGACCUUGAGCAGAACUCAAGCAAGUGACACUGGAAGAUAUAGCUGCAGAUACCCAACGAGUCCAGUGAAAAAGAAGAGGGAAUCUAUAGUCUACGUAUUUAUCAAUGAUACAAGCAAUCCAUUUGUAGAGAUGCACAGUGAUAUACCUAAAAUAAUACACAUGACGGUGGGAAAAGAAAUGAUCAUUCCUUGCAGAGUCACAGCACCAAACAUUGCUGUCACGUUAAAAAAGAUUCCCAGAGAAACCCUAAUUCCUGAUGGCAAAACGAUAAUCUGGGACAACAUGAGAGGCUUCAGAAUACCUGAGGCAACCUACAGAUUCAUAGGGCUCCUGAGCUGUGAGACGACCAUUGGUGGGCACAAGUAUAGCACGAAGUACCUAACGCACCGAGAGACCAACACAAUUUUUGACAUUAAGUUGAGCACCCCACGCCUUGUCAAGCUGCUGAAGGGAGACAGCCUGGCAAUCAACUGCACAGUCAAGGCAGCCUGGAACACCCGUGUGCAAAUGACGUGGACUUAUCCUGGGGAGGCCAUGAAAAGAGGUUCUGUAACACAGCGCAUUGACCAGAAGAAUAGAGAAGCCAAUGUUUUUUACAGUAUUCUUGUUAUUGACAAAGUUCGUGAUAUUGAUAAAGGCCAGUAUGCCUGCCAUGUGAAGAGUGGACCAUCAAACAAAUUAGUCAACACGACAGUCAUAGUUUAUGAUAAGAGAUUCAUUAAUUUGAAACAUCGAAGAAAAACUAUGCUGGAGGCUGUAGCAGGAAGAAAGUCCUAUCGCUUGCCAAUGAAAGUGAAGGCAUUUCCCUCUCCAGAGGUUACAUGGUUAAAAGAUGGGUUGCCUGCUGCUGAAAAGUGUGCCCGGUACAUGGUUAAAAAUUAUUCAUUAAUCAUCAAGGAUGUUGCUGAGGAAGAUGCUGGGAACUACACUAUAAUAUUGAGCUUACGACAGUGGAACUUAUCGAAGAAUCUUACAGUCACUCUUAAAGUAAAUGUGAAACCGCAGAUAUAUGAAAAUGCUGUGUCAUCAUUCCCUGAUCCAAAUCUGUAUUUAUUGAGCAGCAAACAAGUGCUGACAUGCACCGUGUAUGGUAUUCCUCCGCCAAAAAUAACAUGGAUGUGGUAUCCCUGUAGACAAAACCAUUCUAAAACAAGGCGUGGCUUUUGCUCUCACACUGAUGGAUCUUUCAACCUGAAAACUGGGAGCAACAUAGGAAACAGGAUCCAGAGCAUCAUUGAGCGAACAGCCAUCAUCGAGGGCAAAAACAAGACUGCUAGCACGCUUGUUGUAGCUGAAGCCAAAUCUUCUGGAAUCUACAGCUGCGUGGCAUCCAACAAAGUAGGAAAAGCCGAAAGAAAUGUCAGCUUUCUUGUAACAGAUGUACCAAGUGGAUUCCACAUUAGUUUGGAAAAAGUUCCCAUUGAAGGAGAGAAUCUGGUAUUGUCCUGUUCAGCCAACAAAUUCAUGUACAAAGACAUUUCUUGGAUUUUACCGAGGACAGUCACUAAUCAAACAAAAGCAAGAAAGGCCCUCAACAAGGAGUACUCCAUCACCCUCACUCUGACCAUCAAGAAUGUUUCCCUGGCACACUCGGGCACCUACACCUGCCGAGCAAGGAACAUAUUCACGGGGAAAGAAGUGCUUCAAAAGAAAGACGUUUCAAUCAGAGGUGAGCACUGCAACAAAAAGGCUGUUUACUCUCGGAUCCUCAAAUAUAAGAGCACAAGGAAUGAUUGUACAACACAAAGCAAUGUAAAACAUUAAAGGACUCAUUAAACAGUAUCAGGUGUCUCAUAUCAUCUUGAUUUCUUAUUGCUGUUGCCACCCUUCAGGCCCUGAGGUGGUGCACAUUCCCCCAUGGGUUGGACGUAGGAGGAAUAGCAGACAAAAUCUUUGCGUGAGCUUCCAGUUGAGUUCAGACGGGUAUUUUCUGCUUUGACAAAGCACUUGGAAGCUGGGGUUUGGAAGAUCCCCUGUGCUACAUUUUGCAUAUUGUUCUUUUUUCUCUUACUGUCUCCUGCUGAGUGAUCAGGAAAACUUUGGAUCAAUCUUUUCUUCCACUUUGGUAUCGGCCUCGUCAAAAGUCAAAGCUGAAUAAACUGAUUAACUUUAAAAACUGCUGUUUUCAGUCAACAACGGACAUCAAAUAAGUUAACAUUAAUGCGCAGAAUGAGCACAACUCAGUUUGCGAUUGACUGGACUAUAUAUUUUUUAUUUUAAUCUGAUCUUGAUGGACUUAUAAAUAUUACCUGCUGAGCAAGUUCUAAUGCUUAUUUAUUUGAAAUUAUUUUCUACACUAAAGUACAUUAAUCUUAAAAAGUAUCUUCUAAAGGAAGUAUGCAGGGAAGAAAUAAAAAUGUCAAUAUAAUGCACAGCUCUAUCAUAUCAUUUAUAAUAAUGAUGAUUUAAAAACUGACAGACAUGAACUGUGUUUCUCCAAAUAAAUUCAGGUAGAUUUCCA